AUGUCAAAGUGUAACAAAGCAAAACGCCCAUGUAAAAUUUGUCUGGGAACUGUAACAACGAGAAACGGCUUACAAUGUCAAGGAGCGUGUCAGAGUUGGGUGCACUACACCUGUUUAAACUAUACACCCGGCAAAAUCAAAGAUAUAAAGAAUGGUAUCAUCAGAGUAACAUGUCCGUGUCCCGACUGCAAGACUAUUAUGCCAAAAGAAUAUAGAACAAAGCAACCAUUUACUUGCAGUAACCAGCAGUGCCCAGCAAAUCGUCCGCCAACGUGUGAAAAUAUGAAGUGUCCAAUAAAUGACAGUGAAAGGCGAGUAGCUCCUAAGCAGACUUGUCCUCUUAGCACGUGUGGUACCCGCUGUAAGCAACACAGUACACCUCAACUCCCCUACGCUGAUGUACCACAACGCCCAAUGAAGCCGUGUGUACCCUUGCCACCGAAACCUAAGCCUCCACCUACUCAGUCAGACAGUUGUUUUAGUCUAAAUCGAUGUUCCUCCGGAUGUUCAUCCUCUUCUGAAGUUCGACGUGACGUUCCGGGUGACGGUGGAAAGGGUUCUCUUAGUGCGGCGCCAUCAAUGCGUGCUAUAGAGGAUAUGUGUAAUACUAUAGGACUUCUCACAUGUCAACUUAAUGAUCUUAUGGGUAAGAUUCAAAACUUAACUAGUGAAAACCAAGAUGGAAGUUCUUGUUGUAAUAAAACAGCGAAAACCCAAAUGCCCCCCCGAUCUUCGAAACCUGGUUGUUGCUGCCGCUCAAAAGCCAAAAGAGAAUGUUAG